AUGAUGGAAGCGUCUCUGUGGUCUCUCCUGCUGCUCGGCUUCGCUGUCACUCACUCUGAUGCUGCUAGACCAGGCAGCUGUGUGGGCCGCUGUGGGGAGGUGUUCACCAGAGGACAGCAGUGUACCUGUGACUUCAGCUGCCUCAGACACAACGAGUGCUGCCAGGACUUCCAGGCUACCUGCACCACAGAUCAGUCCUGUCAGGGUCGCUGUGGGGAGAUGUUCAGCCGUGGCCGGCUGUGUGAGUGUGAUGAACAGUGUAGCCAGUACAGCACCUGUUGUCAGGACUACCAGCUACACUGCGAUGCCGUUGUGUCAGUGUCUCACUCCAGGACUGCACAGCCUCUGAGAGCUGCAGCUUCAGGAAAUCGGAGCCCAGGUAGGGGGUGGGGAGACUCCAACAGUGAGAGUGAAGAAUGGUACUCAGGGGGGAGUAACCUCCCCUCUCAUGGUGGAGUUCGACACUCCCCAGCCGCUGGCUCCUCUCUGCCCAGCCUCAGUGCUCUGUCGCUGGGCAGCGGAGCUCCUGUCGGCCCCUCUACUCCUGGAGCUGUUGAUGGUGUCCUGAAUGCCCACCUGCUGCUGGCCCCUGCCGGAGGGGCCACAUCUGGGCCAAGUCAAGGUCUCAGUGGCCCAGAAGGCUUCAGGCCCAGACCCAGCACCUUGCAGGACGUAGCCCAGGCCCUGGGUCUCUCUGAGGGCCAGGGGACAGGACUCUUGGCUGAUGUGAACCUCUGCAGUGAUUCUCCCAUCGAUGGACUGACAGCUCUCAGCAAUGGGACCAUUCUGAUAUUUAAAGGUGAGCUACUGUGGUCAGUGGACCCGGUCAGCCGCUCAGUUGGGGGUCCUCAGAUGAUCACAGACACUCUGGGUGUGUCCUCUCCCAUUGACACAGUAUUCACACGCUGCAACUGCCACGCCCACACCUACAUCAUCAAGGGGGAGCAGUUAUGGCGUCUGGACGGGAACAUGGUGAUGGAGCCGGGUUACCCCCGACCUCUGACCUCAGAGUUCCCAGGGCUGACAGGAAGAAUCAGUGCUGUGCUGGCAGUGCCGGCCACCAGGAGCUCCCCGGAGAUAGUGUACUUCUUUAAGAGUGGAGACGUCAUGCAGAGGUUCAGUUUCCCAGCAGGCAGUGCUCCUUGCAGCAACACACCCAGAACCCCCCCGAAGGCACGCUUCACUCGCCAGGCCGUUCUUCGGGGUGCAGAGGUCAACAUCAGAGUGUCUCUGAAGGGAUUCCCUUCCCCCGUCACCUCCGCCCUGUCCCUGCCCCGCCCUCUGAUGGGGGGGCUGUACGAGCACUACAUCUUCUCUGGACCUCUCUUCUUCAGUGUCCACAUUUCAGGAGACCUGCCGGUGCUGACCACACCUCGCCCUCCCGCAGCCCCAGCCCGCACGCCAAUCCUCAGCCCUGUCCUGUACAGCGACCUCACCAACAUGGCCACUCAGAAUGCUAACACUCCCCCCCCGGCUAACUCCAUCAGAGUGUGGCUGCGCUGUCCCUAGAAACAUCCUGACGUAAUGCUCUGGUUUUACCGGACAAUAUCUCCAGGGAUGUCGACCCAAUAUUCUUCACAAAUUUGAAUAACAUAAUUAAGAAUUUACAAAGAGUAUAGUAGUAUAAUACUAUAGUAUCAAACAUGUCGUCCAUUACGUUUGGCGCUGUUAUUAACCCUAUUUUCACAAUUAAUUACUCUUGAAAAACAAUUCAUGUUUUUAAAAUGUACACGUUUUAGGCAAUGAAAUCACCAAAACCUCCAACAACAAGUAAACACCCUAAAAAUAAUGCUUAAUAUAAACAGAGAAACAGCCAUUUUCUUACAUUUAAGAAUGUAAACCCAGAAGAUAAGAUACUAAUAUUGUUGCGUCAUUUUCUAUUGAUCUAACUAUCGAUUAUUAGACAGAGUUCCAGCACUAACUGUGUCACACUAUAUUCUGUGUCACUUUGCAUUGGGUCAGAACAUGGACGUAAGGCGCAUUAUAGAGGUGUGGAGUCAGGAGUUAUCACUGAUUGAAGACAACACAUAUCACUGCUUAUCAUUAUUCAGCUUUAAUAUUAAAAGUGUAUUAACAGCCUAAAAACAGAGCAAAAUGAAGAACUUACAAAAAUAAUCAAGACUACGCACAACUGAAUUAGAAUCAGAGAUUGAUGGUACAUUUCUCAGACACAGCUAUCCUGCUCCAGAGAUCACUGAUCUGCAGCGGACAGAACACACUAGAUGUCAACAAAAGCAAUCUGUGGAAUAAGUGUAGGUUUUUCUGUUUAAUAUUGGAUCAGAUGAUCUCUGGUGAAAUCAUCUUCAUCAGGCCAAGCCCCCUCUGCCCAUGGCCCCUCCCCUUCCUCCUCGAGAGAAAGUGCCUGAAAACAAAUGUGAGGAGGAGGCAUCAGGAACAGCGACUGAGAUAACCCAUGUGAUCGUCUCUGUGUUUGAUUGUAUCCCCAUGUUCAUG